GGAUUUGGGAACCAGCGCGGGAUCUCGUCCGGGUUGCCAGGAGACAGCGCAGCCUUCGCAGACCUUCGCCUAUCACGGAGUAGUGGCGGUACGGGACUGCUGGCAGCAUGGCACCCAAAAAGAAAGGGAAGAAAGGCAAAGCCAAGGGCAACCAGAUUGUGGAUGGGCUCGCACCAGAGGACAUGACCAAGGAGCAGGUGGAGGAACAUGUUGCCCGCAUCCGGGAGGAGCUGGAUCGGGAGCGAGAGGAGCGCAACUACUUUCAGCUAGAGCGUGACAAAAUCCACACUUUCUGGGAGAUCACAAGAAGGCAGCUGGAGGAAAAGAAGGCUGAGCUUCGAAACAAAGACCGUGAGAUGGAGGAGGCAGAGGAACGGCACCAGGUGGAGAUCAAGGUGUACAAGCAGAAAGUAAAGCACCUGUUGUACGAGCACCAGAACAACCUGGUGGAGGUGAAGACUGAGGGCACUGUCGUCAUGAAGCUGGCCCAGAAGGAGCACCGCACACAAGAGGGCGCACUGCGCAAGGACAUGCGGGCGCUGAAAGUGGAGCUCAAGGAGCAGGAGCUGGCUAAUGAGGUGGUGAUAAAGAACUUGCGUCUGAAACAUGCUGAGGAGAUCACCAAGAUGCGAAAUGACUUUGAAAGGCAAGUUCGAGAAAUUGAGGCCAAGUACGACAAGAAGAUGAAGAUGCUGAGAGAUGAGCUGGACCUGCGGAGAAAGACUGAGAUCCACGAGGUGGAGGAGAGGAAGAACGGGCAGAUCAGCACGCUGAUGCAGCGCCACGAGGAAGCCUUCACUGACAUCAAGAACUACUACAAUGACAUCACUCUGAACAACCUGGCCCUAAUCAAUUCCCUCAAGGAGCAGAUGGAGGACAUGCGGAAGAAAGAAGAACACCUGGAGAGGGAGAUGGCGGAGGUGUCUAUGCAGAACAGGCGGCUGGCAGACCCUCUGCAGAAAGCGAAGGAUGAGAUGAACGAGAUGCAGAGGAGAAUUGGGAGCUAUAAAAGGGACAAGCACAUCCUGAUUUGCACAAAGGCACGUUUAAAGGUUGUUGAGAAAGAGCUGAAAGACCUGCAGUGGGAGCACGAGGUGCUGGAGCAGAGGUUCAUCAAGGUGCAGCAGGAGAGAGACGAGCUCUAUCGUAAGUUCACUGCAGCCAUCCAGGAGGUGCAGCAAAAGACAGGCUUCAAGAACCUGGUGUUGGAGCGUAAACUGCAGGCACUGAAUGCUGCUGUGGAGAAGAGGGAGGUGCAGUUCAACGAGGUGCUGGCAGCCUCCAACUUGGAUCCCGCAGCACUAACACUUGUGUCCCGCAAACUUGAGGAUGUUCUAGAGUCAAAGAAUACCACCAUCAAGGAUUUACAGUAUGAGCUGGCCCGGGUCUGCAAGGCCCACAAUGACCUACUGCGUACAUAUGAGGCAAAGUUACUGGCCUUCGGGAUCCCUCUGGACAAUGUGGGAUUCAAGCCCCUGGAGACAGCAGUGAUUGGACAGACACUAGGACAGGGCCCUGCAGGACUUGUGGGUGCUCCUACAUAGCCACCUUCUGGGAGCUCCUGCCUUUAGAGUUGGCCUGCCUCACUUUCCAAAAGAUACCUAUUCUACUCCAAGAACAGACUUCAUCAGCAAUGAAAGUUUUUCCAUAUUUCCUUUAUAUUCUCUGUCUUUGUUGGGAAGAAGUGCCUGCAAGGCUUCUAAGGUCUCUUUGUCUACCUGCUUCCAUGUACUGCCUGGUUUGUGUCAUAUUUGCCCAUUUGAGUCCUACCUCCAACCUCUGCGUACUAACCUUUCCAGCAAGAGGGCGACUCAGUGUCCUUUGUUAAGCAUGAAGCCCAUGCUCUUGAUUUGGCUGGGCAGCUCAACCACAGAGGACUGGCAGGCUUCCUUUUUGGGCCAGGCUCUGCACAACCUCUCCUCUCCGUGACUUUUCUUACGCAGCUCAGGACCACUUUGCCUAACCACUUUGCCUAGGGGUGGCACUGCCCGCAGUGGGCUGGGUA